CCAAAGACAUAAGACAUGAAGAAUUAAAAUUUUUAUUGUAAUGUUUUAUUUUGUUCUAGUACAAAUGAUAAUAAUGCAAUGAAGUAAAUACAUUAUCUUUAUUACAAUCUAAUCAUCUUAUAAUAUUUAAAUAUAGUAAAAUCAGUGUAUGUAACACAUAAUAUUGUGAAGUUGUUAACCUUUGGCCCCAGAUCAGUACAUCUAUAGAAGAAUCGAGUUCUGUACUGUAACUGUAUCAGUUAACUAUAUUGUUCAGUUAUUUGUAGAACAAUGGUUUUAUCAAAGCCUCUUGUAAAUUUUUUAAGUUUCUAUUUUGGCCAACUGUUCGAACAUCCCCUGAGAACAAAAGCUAUAACAUGUUCAAUUAUCGCUACCGCUGGUAAUUACACAUCUCAAAAGUUAUCAGGAGAGAAAGUAAUUAAUCAUCACAGUCUGCUUGCCUAUGGAUUAUAUGGAUUAAUUUUUGGCGGAACCAUCCCCCAUUACUUCUACAGCUUCCUGGAAGGAGCAAUAUCCGAAGAUGCCUCAUUUGCUGUUGUCAGGAAACUGCUACUUGAAAGACUGAUCUAUUUACCGCUCUACCAAGCCUUCACAUUAUACGUAUUAGCUAGAAUGGAAGGAAAAAGUCACAAUGCUGCUAUGAAACAAUUGCAAGAUUUGUAUUGGGUGCUCCUCAGCAGUAGUUGGAAAUAUUUGACUGUCAUUCACUUGCUCAAUCUUAGUGUUGUUCCUCCAGUGCCGUAUACUUUCAUUGAAAUGCACCGUACAAUUUUGAGAUUUGUACCGUCUGGUUCCAAAUCAAUUUCUUUCAGUAAAUUUGAUAUGACUCCUAUGUGAUGAUAGCUCCGAGUACUCGUCACUAACCUAAUGGGCUUCUUCUGGACCAUCUAUCUAGCAAAUAAGAGAAGACAACAACAAGCAAAAAGCAAGAGAUCCAAGUAAACUUAUUAAUUGAUACAUAAUCUAGUGAUGAUACUUGUUCUGGGAUUUUUUAGGGUUGUGUUGGUAUUAUAAUAACUAAUUUAAUUGUUUAUAUCAGUUAUUUUUGUAUUAUGCGGUUACUGUAAUUGUCCAAUUAUAAUAUAUAAGUAAUUCUUACAAAUAUAUUUGUAUAAACUUA